AUGGUUGACCCUGUGGGUAUUUGCACAUACUUAGAGGAAUCAACCCUAAAAAGUGUCUUGAGUGCCUUAUGGAAUCUGUCAGCACAUUGUACUGAGAACAAAGCUGAUAUAUGUGCUGUUGAUGGUGCUCUUGCAUUUCUAGUUGGUACACUGACAUACCGGAGCCAAACAAACACUCUUGCCAUCAUAGAAAGUGGAGGAGGAAUAUUAAGAAAUGUUUCUAGCUUAAUCGCUACUAAUGAGGACCACAGGCAAAUCUUGCGAGAGAACAGUUGCUUACAAACCUUGUUACAACACUUGAAGUCACACAGUUUGACAAUAGUCAGUAAUGCAUGUGGAACCCUGUGGAAUCUUUCUGCACGAAAUGCAAAGGAUCAGGAGGCGCUUUGGGACAUGGGAGCAGUCAGCAUGCUCAAAAAUCUCAUUCACUCGAAACACAAAAUGAUAGCAAUGGGCAGUGCUGCAGCUCUAAGAAAUCUCAUGGCAAACAGGCCAGCAAAGUAUAAGGAUGCUAACAUUAUGUCUCCAGGAUCAAGCUUACCAUCUCUUCAUGUUAGAAAACAAAAGGCACUGGAAGCAGAAUUAGAUGCACAACAUUUAUCAGAGACUUUUGACAAUAUUGAUAAUUUAAGCCCAAAAGCAUCUCACCGUAAUAAGCAGAGACAUAAGCAGAAUGUAUACAGUGAGUAUGUUUUGGACUCUAAUCGUCAUGAUGAUGGGGUAUGCAGAACAGAGAGUUUUAGUACUGGUAACGUGACUGUACUUUCUCCAUAUUUAAAUUCUACAGUAUUGCCUGGAUCCUCUUCUUCUAGUAGAGGAAACAUAGAAAAUUGUCUAUCUGAGAAAGACAGAAGUCUUGAUAGAGAUCGAGCAGUAGGUUUAAAUGCCUAUCAUCCAGCUACAGAGAACAGUGGAAACUCCUCUAAGAGAGUAGGAAUGCAAAUUUCUACAGCUGCAGCUCAAAUUGCCAAGGUUAUGGAAGAAGUGACAAGCAUGCAUAUUCCACAAGAAGACAGAGGUUCCAGUUCCCCUUCUGAAAUGCACUGUUUGACAGAAGACAGAAAUACCACAAGGAGAGCAGCCAGUGCCCAUACUCACUCAAAUACAUACUUUCCAAAAUCUGAGAAUUCAAGCAGGCCAUGUCCUGUGCCUUACACAAAAAUGGAAUACAAGAGAGCAUCAAAUGACAGCUUAAAUAGUGUCAGCAGCAGUGAUGGCUAUGGUAAAAGAGGCCAAAUGAAACCUUCCAUUGAAUCUUACUCUGAGGAUGAUGAAAGUAAAUUCUGUAGUUAUGGGCAAUAUCCAGCUGACUUGGCACAUAAGAUACAUAGUGCAAAUCACAUGGAUGACAAUGAUGGAGAACUAGACACUCCUAUUAAUUAUAGUCUUAAAUAUUCAGAUGAACAGUUAAAUUCUGGAAGGCAGAGUCCUUCUCAGAAUGAAAGAUGGGCAAGGCCUAAGCAUAUAAUAGAUGAUGAAAUGAAACAAAACGACCAGAGGCAGUCAAGGAGCCAAAGUGCAACAUUCCCUGUGUACACUGAAAGUGGAGAUGAUAAACACAUGAAAUAUCAGUCACCUUUUGGACAGCAAGAUUGUGUUUCUUCAUUUAGAUCAAGAGGAUCCAAUGGUUCAGAUCAGAACAGAGUAGGGUCAACUCUUGGAAUCAAUCAGAAAGUAAAUCAGUCCUUGUGCCAGGUUGACGAUUAUGAUGAUGAUAAGCCAACCAACUACAGUGAACGCUAUUCUGAGGAGGAACAGCAUGAAGAGGAAGACAGACCGACCAAUUACAGCAUAAAGUACAAUGAAGAGGAACAUAAUGUUGAUCAGCCCAUUGAUUAUAGUCUGAAGUAUUCAACAGAAGUUCCUCCCUCUUCUCAGAAGCCGUCUUUUACUUUUUCAAAGACUUCUUCAGUGCAGAGCACUAAAACUGAUCAUAUUUCCUCAAGCAGUGGGAACACAUCAGCCCCUUCAGCAGGUUCAAAAAGGCAGAAUCAGCUUCACCCAAGUUCUGCACAGAGCAGAGGCGGUCAUGCUCAAAAGUCUUCCUCCUGUAAGACUCCUUCUAUUAAUCAGGAAACUAUACAAACUUACUGUGUGGAAGAUACACCAAUAUGUUUUUCAAGGUGUAGCUCUUUGUCAUCUUUGUCAUCAGCUGAAGAUGAAAUAGGGCGUGAUCAAUCCACACGUGUGACUGAUACUAAUAAUACACUGCAGAUAGCAGAACUGAAAGAAGACAGUGGGGCGCUAUCUGCAGAAGCUGCAGUGAAUGAAAUCACUUCAACAUCACAACAUAUCAGAACAAAAUCCAGUAGACUUCCAGCUUCCAGUUUAUCACCUUCUGAUUCCUCCAGACAUAAAGCUGUUGAAUUUUCUUCAGGUGCCAAAUCUCCCUCAAAGAGUGGUGCACAGACUCCUAAAAGCCCACCAGAACAUUAUGUACAGGAAACUCCUCUCAUGUUCAGCAGAUGUACUUCUGUAAGUUCCCUGGAUAGUUUUGAAAGCCGUUCAAUUGCUAGUUCAGUUCAAAGUGAGCCUUGCAGUGGAAUGGUGAGUGGUAUUAUAAGUCCAAGUGAUCUUCCAGACAGCCCAGGACAAACAAUGCCUCCAAGCAGAAGUAAAACACCACCCCCUGCUCAAGGAGUUCAAGUGAAAAGAGAUGUAGUUAAAGGUAAAGUACCUAGUGCAGAAAAGAGAGAGCCUGGUCCUAGACAAGCAGCUGUAAAUGCAGCUGUUCAGAGAGUUCAGGUACUGCCAGAGGCUGAUACGCUAUUACAUUUUGCCACAGAAAGUACACCAGAUGGGUUUUCUUGCUCUUCUAGCCUCAGUGCUCUGAGUCUUGAUGAGCCAUUUAUACAGAAAGAUGUAGAGUUAAGAAUAAUGCCUCCUGUACAUGAAAAUGAACAUGGAAAUGAAGCAGAGCCUGAACAGUCAGAUGAUACAAAGGAUAACCAAGAGAAUAAAGCAGAGAAGCCUUCUGAAGCAGAAAAAGACAUUCUGGAUGAUUCUGAUGAUGAUGAUAUUGAAAUACUGGAAGAAUGUAUUAUUUCUGCAAUGCCUACAAAGUCUUCACGUAAAGCCAAAAAGCCUUCUCAAGCAUCUGCUCCAAAAAUACCUCCUCCUGUAGCCAGAAAGCCAAGCCAGCUGCCUGUUUAUAAACUUCUGCCUUCCCAAAGCCGAUUGCAAUCCCAAAAGCAUGUGAGUUUUACACCGGGAGAUGAUAUGCCACGAGUAUAUUGUGUUGAGGGUACACCAAUAAAUUUUUCAACAGCUACAUCUCUGAGUGAUCUCACAAUAGAAUCACCACCAAAUGAGUUGGCCAAUGUAGACAGUGUGGGUACAGUGGCAGAGUCAGGGGAAUUUGAGAAGAGGGACACUAUUCCUACAGAAGGUAGAAGUACAGAUGAUGCUCAGAGAGCAAAAAGCAUAACUGUGACUGGCCCAGGACUGGAUGAUGACAAAACAGAAGAGGGUGAUAUUCUGGCUGAGUGCAUUAACUCAGCUAUGCCGAAAGGUAAAAGUCACAAACCUUUUAGAGUGAAGAAAAUAAUGGAUCAAAUCCAACAAGCAUCUACAUCUCUAAAUAACAAAAAUCAAUCAGAAGUUGAGAAAAAGAAGCCAACAUCACCAGUAAAGCCUGUUCCCCAAAAUAGUGAAUAUAGAGCACGUGUAAGAAAAAACACGGAGUCUAAAAGCCAAAUUAAUAAUGAAAGAAGCUAUCCAGAGAACAAGGAUGCAAAGAAACAGAAUCUUAAAAAUAAUUCUAGAGAUUUUAAUGACAAACUUUCAAAUAAUGAAGAGCGUGUAAGAGGAAGCUUUACAUUUGAUUCUCCUCACCAUUACACACCCAUAGAGGGAACUCCAUAUUGUUUUUCACGCAAUGAUUCCUUAAGUUCUUUGGAUUUUGAUGAUGAUGAUGUUGACCUUUCAAGGGAAAAGGCAGAAUUAAGAAAAGGAAAAGAAGCAAAGGAAAUAGAAACUAAAGACUGCCCUAACAUGGAACAGCCUUCAAGUCAGCAACCAAGUAGUAGGACACAAGUUAGCCAAAAACACCCAACAAGCAGAAGCCAGUCUAAAACUUUCUGUCAGCCAAAUAAAGAUAUUCCAGACAGAGGGGCAGCUACGGAUGAGAAGAUGCAGAAUUUUGCUAUUGAAAACACACCUGUUUGUUUUUCUCGCAACUCAUCUCUUAGUUCCCUUAGUGAUAUUGAUCAAGAAAACAAUAACAACAAAGAAGAAGAACCAGUAAAGCGAACUGAGGCUCCUGAUUCACAGAUAGAAUCAAACAGACCACAGACUUCUGGUUAUGCACCUAAAUCAUUUCAUGUUGAAGAUACACCAGUAUGUUUCUCUAGAAAUAGUUCUCUGAGUUCUCUAAGUAUUGACUCAGAAGAUGAUCUUUUGCAGGAAUGCAUUAGUUCUGCCAUGCCUAAAAAGAAAAAACCAUCAAGAAUAAAGAGUGAAAGUGAAAAAAGUAAUUCCAGAAAUAUAGGUGGUAUGCUGGCGGAAGAUUUAACACUGGAUUUGAGAGAGAUACAGAGGCCAGAUUCAGAACAUGGUUUCUCACCCGAUUCAGAGAACUUUGAUUGGAAAGCUAUACAAGAAGGUGCAAAUUCUAUAGUUAGUAGCCUACAUCAAGCUGCAGCUGCUGCAUCACUAUCCAGACAAGCUUCAUCAGACUCUGAUUCUAUUCUUUCAUUAAAAUCUGGUAUUUCUCUGGGAUCACCAUUCCAUCUUACUCCGGACCAAGAAGAGAAACCUUUUACUAGUAAUAAAGGUCCACGAAUUCUCAAGCCAGGAGAGAAAAGUACGCUGGAAUCUAAAAAAGUAGAAUCCGAAAGUAAGGGAAUCAAAGGAGGGAAAAGAGUAUAUAAAAGUAUAAUUACAGGAAAAGCUCGCUCCAAUUCAGAAGUUUCAAACCAAUUAAAGCAACCACAACAAACAAGUGUGCCUUCAAUUUCACGUGGUAGGACAAUGAUUCAUAUUCCAGGAGUUCGAAAUAGUUCUUCAAGUACUAGUCCUGUUUCCAAAAAAGGCCCCCCAUUCAAAAACACAAAUUCCAAGAGUCCCAGUGAAGGCCAGAGUUCAGCUAGUUCCCCAAGAGGAGUCAAGUCAUCAGUAAAACCUGAGCCAGCUCCUGUAACUAGGCAACUGUCAGGGUUGAACCAGAGUGGAUCAAGUAAAGGACCUUCUAGAUCAGGAUCUAGAGACUCCACUCCUUCUAGACCUCAACAGCAGCCACUGAGCAGGCCUCUGCAAUCUCCAGGUCGAAACUCAAUUUCUCCAGGAAGAAAUGGUAUAAGUCCUCCCAACAAACUGUCUCAGUUGCCAAGAACAUCAUCUCCUAGCACAGCUUCAACUAAAUCUUCAAGUUCAGGUAGGAUGUCAUAUACAUCACCAGGCAGGCAGAUGAGCCAGCAAAACCUUACAAAGCAAACUGCCUUAACUAAGAAUACCAGUAGCAUUCCAAGAAGUGAGUCUGCUUCCAAAGGAUUGAAUCAAAUUCUCGGUAGCGGUGCAUCAAACAAAAAGACUGACUUAUCCAGAAUGUCAUCAGCAAAAUCUAGCGGAAGUGAAUCUGACAGGUCUGAGAGGCCUGUUCUUGUUCGCCAGUCGACUUUUAUUAAAGAAGCUCCAAGCCCAACUCUAAGACGUAAAUUGGAAGAGUCUGCUUCAUUUGAAUCUCUGUCUCCUUCCAGACCAGAUUCUCCCACGAGAUCCCAACUACAGACUCCAGUUUUAAGUCCCUCACUUCCUGAUAUGUCUUUAUCCACUCAUUCAACUGCCCAAACUAGUGGCUGGCGAAAAUUACCCCCUAAUCUGAGCCCUUCUGUAGAAUACGAUGGGAGACCAGCAAAACGUCAUGAUAUAACGCGUUCUCAUUCUGAGAGUCCAUCUAGAUUGCCAAUCAACAGAUCAGGAACAUGGAAACGUGAACAUAGUAAGCAUUCCUCAUCACUUCCUCGUGUAAGCACUUGGAGAAGAACUGGAAGUUCUUCCUCAAUUCUGUCAGCUUCUUCAGAAUCCAGUGAGAAGGCAAAAAGUGAAGAUGAAAAGCAACAUGGAAGUUCUCUUUCUGGACAGAAGCAAAGUAAAGAAAGCCAAGCACCAGCAAAAGGUACUUGGAGAAAAAUAAAAGAAAAUGAAAUCCCCCAAAUAAUGAGUGAUCCUCAGCAUCCGUCCUCGAGUGCCACAAGUAGCUCUGAUUCCAAAACUCUAAUCUAUCAGAUGGCACCAGCUGUCUCUAAGACUGAGGAUGUUUGGGUGAGGAUUGAGGACUGCCCAAUUAACAAUCCUCGAUCUGGAAGGUCCCCAACUGGAAAUACUCCUCCUGUUAUUGACAGUGUUUCAGAGAAGGGGGUUGUGAAUGGCAAAGAUUCUAAAGAGAUUCAAGAAAAACAAAAUCCAGGGAAUGGAAGUGUUCCUGUUCGUACCAUUGGUUUAGAAAAUCGUCUGAACUCUUUCUUUCAGAUGGACAGUCCAGACAAGAAAGGCAAUGAAACAAAACCUCUGCAGACCAAUCCUGUUCCUGCACCAGAAAAUAACGAAAGUACUGUGAGCGAGCGUACACCAUUCAGUUCCAGUAGUUCAAGCAAACAUAGCUCUCCGAUUGGUGCUGUUGCAGCAAGAGUAACUCCUUUCAAUUAUAAUCCAAGCCGCAGGAAGAGUAGUGUGGACAAUAGUUCUGCUCGACCAUCACAGAUACCAACACCAGUAAAUAACAGCACAAAGAAACGUGACUCAAAGUCUGAAAAUACAGACUCCAGUGGAACUCAGAGUCCCAAACGUCAUUCUGGCUCUUACCUGGUGACUUCUGUUUAAAUACAUCAAAAAAUAAAACUGAUGUAUUAAACACAGCAGCUACUUAGAAGUUUUAUUUCAAAUGAAACUUCAAAUGAUGGGGAUUGAUUUUUUUGUUUGUUUGUUCGUUUGUUUUUGUAAAUAGGUUUGAUUCUUGUUAGAGAGUUCUUGUUCUGGAAGCCAUAUUUGAUAGUAUACUUUGUCUUCACUGGUGAUAUUUUGGAGGAAAAUGUGAUUGACAGUUUGAAAUAAAAUUGCUAAUGCAAGUAUAUUUGUACAGUAUGUUUAACAUGUAUUUAAUUAGCAUCCCAUCCCAUAAUCCUUAAAUAUUGCUUGUCUUGAAAUCAUUGAACAUUGCAUAUAGAGGUGAUGGAGUCAUACUGCUUUAUCAAUCAUUUCUAGACUGCAGACUAACUAAAUUACAUCAGGGAAGAACUGCUAUUAUUUAUGCAAAAAAAUAUACUCAAUUUUAGUAUUUGUGAGUCCAUCUAACCUAGUAAUUAAUCAUGUGGCUGUGAAAUUCACAGUAAUAUUGUUUCUGCUGAACAAGCAUUCCCAGCCUGCUUUUCUGCAUGAAUGGAACUGAUGGUUAUUUUCUGAAGUAACGAUAACGUUUGUGGUCACAUAAUGUGCAUAGAUAGGUAUGGUGUAACAAUUUACACUUUCUUUAUGCCCUGGGGAAAAGAAAAA